AUGCCCAUAAAUAGCUCAUGUACUGAUAUAACAUGUGAUGAUGAAAUUAAAGAAUUAUAUGAAUGUCAUUGUUGUUUACGUCUUGUUUGUUUAAACCAUUUGAUUGAACAUGUUGAAAUUGCAAAAAAAACUAAACAACGAUUAAAUAGUCUUUGUAAUGAAUUAAAUACAAUGGUAAAUAUAUUUAAACAAAUUGUUGAAGAAAAACGAUUAACUAUUGAACGUGAACAAAAUUUGAUUGAACAAGCAAAACAAUUUCUUAAUGAACCCGAUAUUUCAAUUGAGAAACUAGAAAAUAUUUUCGAAAAAGUUCAUCAAGGAAUAACAUCAAAUCGUUCAGAAAUGACAGUGAAAGUCGAACCAUCAUUAUCAGAAAUUCAAUAUUGUUCAUGUAUUUGUAAAUGUAAUAAAGAAAAUAUGAAUUCAAAUGAUGUAGCCGAAGAAUCGGAAAUCUCAAAAGAAGAUAUCAAUUAUGAUUUUACUGAUCUUGAAACAACGAAAUCAUCUAUUCAGGAUGAACAUGUAAAUGACGAAGAAGUGGAACAUGAAGGAAAAUUAUACAGAAAAAUGUUUAAUAAAUGUCCAUUAACAUUUGAUGGAGCAUAUGGUCUUACGAAAGCAAAUCAUUCUAUUGAAUUUUGUAAACAUGGUACAACUCGUCGAAUGGCAUUAUAUCGUCAUUUCAUGUACAAGCAUAAAUUAAAAAAAGUUUAUGUUAAACGUUUGCUACGAGCUAUUGCUACUAAUCAAGAUCCUAGAAAAAUAAAAUUAUUUAAGGGAAAUGAAAAUGUUAUAGAUCAUUUUUAUAAUGUUCCAUGUCCUUUUUUUUCUGAACAAAUGAAUUCAUCAAAGUAUAGUCGACAAAAUGUAACAACUAUACCUUGUCAACUUCGAUUAGUUCCAUUUAAUACAUUCAAACGACAUUUACAACGUACGCACAACAUUUCUAAUUCAUUGGCACAAAAAUUACAUGACGAUUUCAAAAAAAAUCGAGAAAAAAAUUAUAUUGCUUCAACUUCACUAAUUUCAUCUACACAUUCAAAAUAA